AUGGCGUUACCGGCACCAGGCGGGGACGGCUACCCGCCAUACUAUCCUUCGGGCGGACCGUACUAUCCGGCAAAGCGGCGCACCGCAGAGACCAUUGCCGAUGACAAUGCCGACUACUCCCGCCAAAAGCGGCCGAAGUAUACCGAGCCAGCUUGGUUCGCAGCGUCUGUGGCUUACAAGACGGCGGAAUCACGCCACGAGACGCCCCUCGGUCACCCAUCUCUUCACCAUCCACACCCUCACCACCCACACCAGCGUUACCCAUCUCCGCGCCCCUACAUCUCCUCCCCAGAACCAGUCACCAACGCACCAGCCGCACCGACCCCUCCGACAGGCGCUCCGGAAAUGGAGCGUACCGCUUCCGGCCACUCCAUCCGCCCGGACCCCACGGAGCGUUGGGCCUCGACCGAGCUCCUGGAAGACGACGAGGCUGCUCAACGUGUGCGCGACCACCUCGCCACGUUCCGCCGGCGCAACCCGGACUCGAAACACGAGCGCAUUCUCCGGAGUAUUAUCAACCCCAGGCCCCGGCCGCGCCGCCCCCACCAACACCAUAACCACCGCAGGUCGCAUUCCAUUCCCAAGGCUGACCACCCGGAUCAAGACGAGUAUCCCAUCGACAACGAAGCCCUCGAGUCCAUCUUCUCCGCAGCUAACGAGAUUUUCUUCAACGGCCGCCUGAGUCAGCGCGUCUCCUGGGACUGGUCGCAUGCCUCCAGCACCCGCUACGAUUCCCGUGUGAUUGGUACCACUGCCCUUCGUCGCGCCGCAGCUCAUACCCGUGGCUUCGAGACUCUAAUUGUGCUGUCAUCUACUAUCCUCCGCGACCCCAGCUACAGCCGUCGCCUGUUAAUCAGUACCUUCCUGCACGAGCUGAUCCAUUGUUACCUGUUCAUCUGUUGCGGCUUUCGGGCAAGAUGGUGUGGCGGCCACACGAAAGGGUUUCGAGAGAUAGCGGAGGUGAUCGACGACUGGGUAGGAGAAAGCAGCGUGCUAUUUCUGAAAAGCGUGGAAGCCGACCUGGAGCUGUUUAGGGUGGGGGGCGAUGGCGAACAUCUCGCUGAGGAGGAACGGGGACGGAUGGGGGUAGAAGGGGCUCGGAGCCCUCAAGAAAGGGGAAAUGGUGCUGAUGGAAAAGCCAGUUUCCAUCCUUGCUCCGGGAUGGGGCCCGAUCAGGAAGAGUAUUCCACCGCUCCUGCCAUGGGCCACGAUGCCGCUUCGCAGGGAUACUUCACUACUCAUGGAAUGGCCUAUUUCAGCGCUGGAGGGGGUCAUACCCGCGGAGCGAGCACCAGCAGCCAGGAUACGGCUUACUUUUCUCGCGGUGCCUCUCCUAUCUCUAGGCACGUCACACGGCCGGGUACUCGACCCGGCACCCCAGCUCAGAACGGGGUCAAAGGGGGAUAUUUUGGCCGUGGUACGCCGAGUCCACGGCCUAGCACACCCAACCGCGACCUAGGUUAUCAGCAUUACUAUCAACUCGACCGACCAGCGAGCAGCAACAGCAUGAGUAGCACCGGCGGUAGCAACAAUGCUUUGUGGAGGCACCGUCGAGCGCCAGCGCCUGCUCGCCCCUUGUACGUUUAUACCGGUGAGGAAGCCUCGCCGUCUUACGUUUAUACUUACCCGACCGAUCCGCGGCCGUGA